CGCGGCUGCAACGAAGGCUGGGAAAGUGACGUCGGGGCUUGUCAUUGGAGGGCGUGAACAAUCUGGAUCAGGACCUGGACUGGACCUCGACGACCGUUGGAUUAGAGCGCUGCAACGCCAAUCCAGCGAGUUCCGGGGCCCUUCUUUCUGUGCAGGCCCCUCACAGCUACGAAACCCCUUAACCCUCCAUCGCUUGUUCCUUUUUCUCUUCUCCUGUGGUGUCUGUUCCUGCUCUGUAGCUCUCUCCUUCCUGUUUUACUCGGCUGCAUUGACCAUUUGGAUAACCGUGGAUAACCCCAGCGCUCGCUAUCACCACGUUCCCCGCCAGACCUGGCCUCUCCACCGCUUUACCCGCAACCAUGAACAUCAACAAGAAAUUCGAUCGCCUGAAGCAAUGGACCAACGAAAAAAUGGGCGCAGAUGCCCGUACUGGGCUGUCAGCCGAGUUCAAGGCGCUCGAGGUGGAAAUGAACCUGCGCCAUGAGGGCAUGGACAAGAUGCAGCGCGCCAUGAGCGUCUACGUCAAGUCAAUGUCGAAGCGCGCAGAGGGUGAUGACAAGGAGAAGCAGCUCCCCGGCGGCCACCUGGGCUCGUCCAUGGUCACCCACGGCGAGGACUUUGAGCCCGACUCCGAGUUUGGCAACUGCCUGUCUUCUCUCGGCCGCGCCAACGAGCGCCUGGCCCGCGUGCAGGAGACAUACGUUGCAAGUGCCACGACGUCAUGGUUGGAGGGUUUGGAACGCUCCCUCGCCCAGAUGAAGGAGUACCAGGCAGCACGCAAGAAGCUCGAAGCUCGCCGCCUCGCCUACGACACGUCCCUCGCCAAGAUGCAGAAGUCGAAGAAAGAGGACUUCCGUAUGGAGGAGGAGCUGCGCGCUCAAAAGGCGAAAUACGAAGAGACCAGCGAGGACGUCUUCAGGCGCAUGCAGGAUAUCAAGGAGUCCGAGGUGGAAAUGGUCCAAGACCUGACAUCUUUCCUCGAGGCCGAGUUGAGCUACUACGACCGCUGCCGGGAGCUCUUGGUCAACGUCAAGCGCGAUUGGCCCGUCAGAGAUUCUGCCCCUAUCCGUCCCGUACGAUCUCGAUCCAACACUGCCCACGGGUACGCCGACCGCUUCAACCCCGUCGAAGAAGAGCCCGAGCCUGAGCCCGAGCGCAUCACCAUCCCCAAGCUAUCUUCCCGCAGCCGUUCGCCUGCCCCAGAAUCGUCACCUGGAGGCUAUGCUCUGCGUCCCACAAUCAGUCGCACCUCCACCUACGACAGCGGCGCAAACAGCCAGCGUGACGAUACCCCCACGCGGCGCAUCACGCGCGUUCCAACCGAUUCUUCCAUCGUCAUGGCCAGUCGUGGCAACCUUCGCUCUACCCGACAGGCCAACGCCUUUGCAGACGACUACGAGGAUGAGUACUCGGGCUCAAGCAAUAACAGGCGCGACCGCUCACCGCCGAGCCCAGACCGAUCUUCACAAGCCAGCAGCGUCUUGUCACGAGCGGCGAGCUGGUCACAGGUCGACACUGGCGCCAAUGGAAAGAAGGCUCCUCCGCCACCUCCGCCUUCGAGGGCCAAGAAGCCGCCGCCACCCCCACCGCCGAUGAAGAGAAUACAGAACCCGAAUCCGAGUCCAACAGGAUCCCCACCUGGUAAUCGCCUCGAUGGACCUGUACAGUUUGGCGAAGACGACAAGGAUCGGGAUAAGAGUGUGAUUUUGGGCAUACGGUGA